CUUGUCUCGAAAGUGCCUGCAUAACGCCAGCGUGAGUGCAGUCUUGCCGCUGCCUACGGGACCGCCUAUGCCGAUAGUAAAGGCUCUUUCUUCAAAGUCGCGGUGAGAGUAGUCGGGCAGAUCUCUGUCGCUAUAUUUGCCAGCGCUGUCCAGGUGCUCGUGCGUGUGUCCAUGCUCACCAGCGCUGCCAAUGUCAUGAGAGUGGUCGUGUGAAUGGCUCAUGCUGGGCGUUUGAUCAGCUCGACUAAGGAGGAGAGAAAUCGACGACGACGACGCGCGACGACGAGCUUGAAGUAGAGGCGAGUCACAUGCAGCCUGGCGUGACUGCGGAGAGCGCAGAGUAUGCUCUUCGACGCCUGAUAGCGGUCACGCUCUGUCAAUCUGGCUUCACGGCCAGCUCAGAGGAUGCGCUAGCCGAGCUGCAAGAUCAAACGCUGAGGCUCUUGGGAGGCCUGUCGCACCUGUCGCACGACUUUGCUGCAGCUUGCAAUCGCAGCAGACCGAAUGCGAAGGAUGUCUACAGUGCCUGCCACGACCAAUCCAUCACUCUGGCCAGUCUCAGACAGCAGCGACAGCUCAACCUCGACGCAUGUGCUCAAGAUGCACCGCUGUAUGAAUGCUUCGACGGACCGCGAGCGCCGUUGCCGCUCGACGUCGAGCAGAGCGAUCCGAGCAAAUUGUCCCUAGGACAUCGGCUCAAGCAAGAUUUCCAGCCUGCGCAAGAGCUAGCUGCAGUCAUUCCGGAUAAUCUGCCGCCUCUGCCGCCGUCGUAUACGUAUCGACAUACACCCAUAUACUCGGCCGAUCCGGAAACAAUCUUGCCAUCUUCAUCUCGUGAAGUAAGGGCUGCCCAGCUUAGCCGCCGGCUGGAGAGCAACCGUCAAGCUGAGCGAUCGCUCCAAAACUUACUACGCAUCACAGCCGGCACUCGGCAGACAUCGCUUCAUUCUGCAGAGCAUCUCGGUCUAGCCUCAGAAGUGGCCAUCAUCAACUAUGCAGCAGCAAGACGACAACAGCAACUCUUUGACGAAUCGGGCGGCGCAGGUGCGCAUAGCACAAUCACGCGUAUCAAUCGGUUGCAUCGCAUGGGACGUAUCCAGUCGAGCCACCAAUCCAGCAAGGCCGAUCACACGCUCGUAAUCGGCAGGGUGAUCAAUUGCGACUUGCAAGCGCGCUUGCGGCCGCGGAUCAGGCCACCUAGCAGCACUCGCAUCUGGAAACCCGUCUGCGAUGAUGGCAAGACUGCCUGCGCCCAGGCAUGUCUGUCAAGGAGUACUAGCUGCGCUGUGAGCUGGCUUUCGCAAGCGAGCACCAGAAGGAUUCUCCCGGGGCACCCGGUCAUCAUCCAGUGGCCACCAGACAUGGGCAAUUCGCCUAGCUCGAUACGGCCUGUCCCGGGCUUGCCCGUCCUCAGUCCUUCAGAUCUGUCGGAAUUAGGUGAUGUGACUUACGAACGGAGCAUGGGCUCGGCGAGAUGUCUCAAGACGAUGAGGGCGAGACAUCAGCAUGGACCAAUCGUCGUCAAGGUCUUCGUCAAGCUCGAUCCCGCUCUUUCACUGCGCAGCCAUGUCAAGAAGCUCAGAGCUGACCGAGAGCAGCUUGCCGACGUCCCCAAUGUCCUUCACUAUCUUCGCCUGCUCGAGACAGAGAAGGGCGCCUACCUCACGCGACAGUGGCUCUCAAGCAGUCUCUAUGACCGCAUCAGCACACGCCCGUUUCUUGCAGACGUCGAGAAGGCUUGGAUGGCUUUCCAGGUCUUGAAGGGAAUGCGCGACGCUCGCGAGCGCGGCAUCGCUCAUGGCGAUCUCAAGCUUGAGAAUAUUCUCUUGACGUCGUACCAGUGGGUCUACAUAACCGAUUUCGCGCCUUACAAGCCAGUCUAUCUUCCGGAGGACGAUCCGUCAGAGUUCUCGUACUACUUUGACUCGUCUGGCCGACGCACGUGCUAUCUCGCGCCCGAGCGCUUCUACUCGGCAGGCAGUGACAUAGCCGAGCGUCGAAAGUCAGGCCGAGAGCGCUCUCUGGUGACAGAACCCAUGGACGUCUUUGCAGCAGGCUGCGUCAUCGCCGAACUGUACUCGGAUGGCGCUUCUCCCUUUACACUGAGCCAGCUCUUCCAAUUCAAGAGCAACGACUACGACCCCGAAGUGUGCUUUGCCGAGAUCGAGAACACUGACGUGCGUUCGCUUGUGCGAUCCAUGACAGCGUCCGAGCCGAGCGCGCGCCCGACGUUCACGCAGUGCCUGUCCAGCGCUCGUGGCGCCGCGUUUCCGGAGAGCUUCUACACCUUUCUUUACGAUUUUGUGCUCGACGUGACCGCCCUGCCGGACGGGACGUCAGACAAGCGAGACGCGAUGGCGGGCAAUCAGCGGGUGCUUCCCCUCCGGACAGAUUCAGAUACCCGCCUCGAGAGAAUCUGGGAAGAUUUUGCUGCUGUCAUCGAUAACUUGACCGACAAAGCUCGCUAUUCGUCGCUCAUUGCGACCAUCCCUGGAACUAUAGAUACUUUUCCCCUGCGAUUAGAUAUACCAGGCUACGAGGAUGCUCUGAGGACGAGCAUGUCGGCCAGCGUGCAGCAACACGACGAUCCACUUGCGCUCGUCGUCCUCAACUUGAUCUGCGCGAAUCUGCGCAACACGACCCGACAAGCCGCCGUGUUACAUGCGAUGGACAUGAUGAUCUUGCUCUGUCAGCAUCUCAGCGACCAAGCCAUACUUGACCGCGCCGUGCCGUACUUAAUCUCGCUGCUAGAGGACGAGGUAGGCACAGUCCGGUCUGCUGCUCUGCGUUCGGUCACGCAGGCAUUACUGCUCAUCACGACUAUCACGCCUGCCAACGCCAGCGUAUUUACCGAAUAUAUCAUGCCUCAUAUCAGACUCUUCUCUGUCGAUCCGGAAGAGUCUGUCAGAUGCAUGUACGCGCUUUGUCUCCCUGUCCUUGCGGAGCAAGGCGCAAGACACGUCGAGAUGGCACAGGCCAUGCGAAUUCACACACAAUUCAAGCUUGCCACACUGCAGCAAGAUGCGCAAGCGCCUGAAGCGUCCUACGAUGGCGCCAUGGCCGAAUUACAUAGCUUGAUUCAAAGCGAAGUCACGGAGCUGCUCAGCGAUUCGUCGGCGAACGUCAAGCGCGCUUUGCUGGGUAGCAUGCCAUCCCUUUGCCUCUUCUUCGAGCGACACCGCACCAACGAUGUUCUCCUGAGCCACAUGAUGACUUAUCUCAAUGACUACAAUUGGCAGCUGCGCGCUGCCUUCUUCGAGUCGACGGUAGGCGUGGCGACCUGCGCCGGCAGCACGAGCGUGGACCGCUAUUUGCUGCCGUUUUUCAUACAAGCCACAUCAGACUCUGAAGAAUUCGUGAUUGCGCGGUCACUCGCUUCGCUCAAGACUAUGAUCGAGCUCGAUCUGAUAUCCCGCGAAAGGCUGAAUGAAGUUGUGGGCGCGACCCUCUGUUUUCUGUGCCACCCAAACGAUUGGCUGCGCUUGCAUGCUGCGUCACUCAUCGCUUCGCUAGCUCAGCUUCUGCCAACGACAGAAGCCUGGUGCGGGCUCUACCCGCGCGUUCGACAGCUGCUCAGAUCCGAUAUUGCUGAUAUGUCAGAAGUCGCCAUAUUGACAGCAUUGGGUGAGCCUCUGUCGCGAGCUGUCUUCGAAGCCGCUAUCACGUGGGCAGCACGACUACCUCGAUCCGACUUUUGGCGAUCGAAGAACAAGUUGGAUGCUCUUCAAAAACGUCUCAUCGCCUCGGCUGAUCAAGACUCGGCUCAGCUCGACAAGCUUAGACAGCUCGGGAUGGGGCCGAACGACGAGAUCAAGCUACUUGCUCUGCGAGAUCACAUCAGCAAACUCACAACGGCAAGGCAAAACAGCGGCGACAUCCCCUACGCAGCUCAUUUGCAACUGCAAGCUCUAGGCAUCACACCGCAGACGAUCUUCUUCUCUACGCAGCCUUGCAUUCAGCCGGAGGCGUCUGCGAGCGGUGCAGACAAGCGUCGUAUCACCAGUAUCGCCAAGCAUGUCGGUCAGACCAACCCGAAGCGACUCUCACCUAUAGGUGAAAAUGAGAAGCAAGUCAAAAAUGCCUCAUCACCAUCUGUAAUUGAUCUGCGUUCUGGUGCUCGCGUAGCGUCUUCAGCCUCCGCAACUAGUACGACUUAUACCGCUGCCACCAACAUCACCGCGGCCUCGUCCACAGCUGGCACAUCGGAAGCAAGUCCGACUCCGAAACGACUGACAUCGAAUGGCAUAGAAUUGGGGCACGGGCAGCCGGCUUCGGCCAGGGAUGAUGCGUCUGCUGAUGGUCAGCUGCAAGGCGGCGCAGACGAUGCAACAAUAGUAUCCGGCCUGGCUCCGAGCACCCUGCAUGGUCAAGUCGGCCUUGGUGCUGGUUACCGACUCGUAACUUCCUAUGAGGGGAACGAUCAGAGCAUCAAGCAUCUGCUGGAAGAGCUAUACAGGAGCAGCUUCAAACAAGCUGUGCCCGAAUUUGGCGCGCCAGUCAGGCCUGGCGUUCCUCGUCGUCGCCUGACGCGCUUGGUAGUCGCAAACCGAGAUCGCCAUCAGAAGCGCAAUCCAGACAACGUCGUAGCUCAUCUCGGCGAGCACACCGGCAGCAUCAACUCUAUCGCUGUCUCGCCAGAUCAUAUCUUCUUCUGCACAGCAUCAGACGACGGUACACUAAAGGUGUGGGACACCACUUCUAUCGAGCGUAACGUCUCCAGCAAAUCGAAAUACACUAUCAAGCAAGGAGGGCGCAUUGAAAGCGCUGUAGUCAUCGACGGCACGCACUGCAUCGCUUCUGUAUCAACUCACGGUACACUCUUGAUUCAUCGCAUCGACGUCAAUACUGGUAUCCCGCUGCCGCGCUAUAGCAGGCCCACGCUCAUACGAUCAUACCGUAUUGAGCCUGAGAAUGAUUACGCAACCGACGUGGUCAGCUUGCAGACCGACUCUGGCACACAUCUGGUAUUCUGCACCGCUUCGGGUCAAAUCACGCGCAUGGACGCUACCAUGAUGCGACCGUUACAAACAUGGCAGAAUCCCAAUCAUUAUGGACCACCAACAACCAUCUGCCUUGAUCACGAGCACGUCUGGCUCGCUAUCGGGACCGCACGCGGAUUCGUGUGUUUGUGGGACAUGCGCUUUGGCUUGCUGAUCCGUGCAUGGCAAGUGACUACAGCGGGUAGGGUUACACGCUUGCAGGCGCACGCACACAGCUCUCGCUGGCUUCAUGUUGCAGCCGAAAGCGACGCGAGCUCGCCGGUUCCUGCAUUGACCACCUGGGAUCUCGCCACUUUCGAGCGCUCAGAAGUAUUGGCAGUCGCUUCCAGCAAGAGCGACGAUUCAAUACCAGCUUCAUCGGGACUCGCUGGCCAGAGCACGACGGAAGACGCAAUUGCGAGAUGGCUCGAGAUGGCUCGAUCGGACCCGCCAGAUCAGCUAAAGCGGGCAGUAGCCUCAACGCUCACCUUUAUUGCUCGAGCCGAGGCCGCCGAGCCCGGCGUGCUCGCAAUAUCUCGAGGAGACCCUCAAACUGCGAACGAUGCUCUUGCAAACGUAUCAGAUAGGACUCUUGACAGUGUCAGCACACCACCGGCAGGACUGUAUUUGACUGCAGGCGACGAUCGCAGGCUGCGGUCCUGGUCGACACAUGACAUGCAAGAUUCGUACAUCGUGAGCGGAGGUGACCCUGACAUGCUCAAACCGAUCUAUGUAUCGGAGCGCAAAGGAAAUCUGCUGCAGCACGAGGAGCGGCCAGACCCGUCACGACGGACGCCUUCGCGUAUGCAUCGCGCCACGCUAAUCGCACAGUAUCAGCAAACGCUGCUCAAAGGACACCAGGAUGCCAUCACUGCACUCGCGACGGCAGAACUGCCCUUCUCCUGCGUCAUCUCAGGCGACCGCUCUGGCAUCCGUUGCAGGGUCAUCAGUGGCAGCAAUCAGUGCAACUCGAAGAAGAAACUUGUCGCGCAACCUCGUAAGGCCUCCAGCGUGGCCUUGCUCCAGAUGAGCGUCGCUGAAAGUCGAAAUGAUUGGCAUUUUCGUCUUUCCAGCUCGAUCGUUACUCGAGCAUAG